CUAGGUCAAAGGUCAAGGUCACGGUGACCCGAAAUAGUAAAAUGGUUUUCGGAUGAUAACUCAAGAAAGCAUAUGCCUAGGAUCAUGAAACUUCAUAGGUAGAUUGAUCAUGACUCGCAGAUGACCCCUAUUGAUUUUGAGGUCACAAGGUCAAAGGUCAAGGUCACGGUGACCCGAAAUAGUAAAAAUGAUUUUCGGAUGAUAACUCAAGAACGCUUUUGCCUAGGAUCAUGACACUUCAUAAGUACAUCGAUCGUAACUCGCAGAUGACCCCUAUUGAUUUUCAGGUCACUAGGUCAAAGGUCAAGGUCACAGUGACAAAAAACGUAUUCACACAACGGCUGCCACUACAACGGACAGCCCAUAUGGGGGGCAUGCAUGUUUUCUAUAGAUUUCAGCAAGACCCACCAAUGGAUAAUAGACAUACAAGACCCCACUGUUGACAUUAUAUGUUUACAGGCAUUGAGGCAACUGUUGAAGACACCCACAGUCUAGAAUCUAUACAGGAGUCGGAGCCUCUCAUGAUACAACAUGCCAGUGUUGACUGUGCUGAUCAUAUGCAAUCUACAGGUUUCACUUUGGUUCUUUCAGAGUCCAUGUCAACUGCUGACAGUGAAGAGCCAGGCAGUCUGACCCAUGAUAGGAGGGAGCCAAGUGAAGAGCCAUCCAGUCUGACCCAUGAUAGGAGGGAGCCAAGUGAAGAGCCAGCCAGUCUGACCCAUGAGUCCAUGUCAACUGCUGCCAGUGAAGGGCCAGCCAGUCUGACCCAUGAUGAAAUGAGGCAACUUGUGUUUGUGUCUCUGAAACGUAGAGUAUGA